AUGGAAUCGCCACUGGCCUCCAAGUCCCUCUCCGCUGCUCAGGGUUCCUUGCCUGUGACGUCGCCAAAGCCGGAGCAGACCAAGUUGUCAUCAUCGUCUCCACGAAAAGAACACGACGCCAUCAACAUCCAGGAAUCAUCCUCGACCAAAGAGCAACACCCUUCUGCCGCCGAGACGGAAACUGCCAUGAAUCGAGCUGGCCAUGGGGCCGCUGAUCCAGCAGCUCCGACACAAGACGAGGACGAGAAGCAAGAAGUCAGCGACUCACCAUGUCCCUCGCCGGCAACAGCAGACAACCCAACUCCAACCGAGUCCAGCGCUGCUCCCACAAAUAUGAUUCCACAUCUCUCACAAGCGACACCAUCUUCAUUGGUGGGUGUCCCACCCCAAACCGUCCCAGUGGAAGCCGCAGAGAUGUCGAGAGGUAUCAGCGUCUUCGUCAGCGAGCAACAGCUCCGAUCAAGCUAUACAUAUUGCUACGACCGCGGCAACGGCACGUACUCGCGCCUCGUCGCUCUUGACAUGCUCCCACCACUAGACAACGUAUCCACCACUCAGGAGAAUUGUCUGGGCAUGAUUGUGCUCCCCGAGCCUGCAGCUCCAGCGCCACCAGGCGGUGAGAUGGGUGUGCUUAAUGCUGGAAAUUGGAAGGCAAGUCUAAAUCCUUUUCUACAGCGUUUACCAGAGAAACAUGUGCCUCUUCCAAUGCUUCUGUUAGCGGAUGCGCAUGCUGAUACAUGUAUGCAUUCUGAACAACAGAUUCAUGACGGCUCCUCCACCAGUGAAAGAGUUCUGGCUGGUGAUGUGCAGUCCACGAUCGAUAGCAUUGUCGAAACGACGACUCCCACCACCAACCGCGUCCUUACGUUUCCAUCACCAAGAGACCACUUCACCCUCGACACUGUCCAGCAGCAGCCACAUCACCGCCAGCAGCGCACGCACGCACCACGCCACAACGACGCCUCGACGCCGUCGUCGACGGCGCCAGCUCGCAACAGCAACAAGCGGGUCAAGAUCUACUGCGACAAGUGGGUGCACGAGGGUGUGUGCGCCUUCACCCAGCAGGGCUGCAAGUUCAAGCACGAGAUGCCCAUGGACAAGGCCACGCAGCACCAGCUGGGCUUGUUCCACGGCCUUCCUGCGUGGUGGAGGAAGCAGCAGGCCGAGGCGGCGAAGCACGGCGGAGACCUGGCUCUUCAGCACCAGCAGCAAUAUCAGCAGCAGAUGCAGCCAUUGUACAUGCUGCAGCCCGGAAUGAUGGCUGGUGAGUGUGAGAGUGGUGCUCAGGACAUCGGCAACCUGGCACAGCCCCUUCAGGGACUGCAGAUGAAUCCAGAAUUUGACAACAACAACAACGACCGGGGCAAUCUUGCCAUGCUGGCUCAGCACCCAUUCGGUGGCACUGGCGAAAACCAACAGCAAUUCCAGCAUCAGCAACAAGCCCCAUCCUACUUGCCCAUGCCGGACAACGCUGGAAACUACCCCGUCGCAAACCACAGCGGGCCGCAAGCCCUUGCUACUGGCGGCGCUGUCAGCAACACCGCUGCUUUUUUUCCUUCUGCAACUCAACCCGCGACUCAAGGGCUGUCUGGAUCGUACUACACAAUGCCACAGUUUGUCCAAAGCCCAGGACAAGGCGCCUACGACGAGGACGACUUGACCCUCGAUGGCCAUGGGAACAACCCCAACGGUAACGCUGGCGCCAUGUCCUAUGGACAGAGCGCUCCCGGCUCCGAUCUACCCCUUCGCAGAGGUUACCAAGGGCAUUGGGAUCAGCACCAGCACUUUGGCCCCAUGCCUUCAUUCAUAGGAAGCGGCAUUGUCCAAAGUGUGCCGACCUCGCAGGGUCCGGCUGGCAUGCACGCUGGUGACCGUAGUCGUGGCGGAGUGUCUGCCACCAGUCGUGAUGAAGAUGACCGCCACCUGAUGAUGCGCACCAACUUCAACCCGCACACCAUCCAGAACACCCAGCAUGACCCCCGACGGGCGGCCAGAAGCAUGCCAGACCCCCCGAGUACCGGACGAACUGGAGGAGGAGGAGGAGGAGGCUCCUUCGCCUCACGCUUCGGCCCCAUCGCACCGCCUCCCGCUGCUCAUGCCCUGACCUUGGCAAACGCAUCGCCUCUGACUGCCACCGGCCUAUCGAUGGUGAGCAACACGAACGCGGGCAGCCCCUUCCGCAGCAGCGGAAGUAGCCUCAGAGGACAUGGCGGCGGCGGCGGCACACCAGCAGGGGUCUGGAAGUCGUCGGCGACCAGGCCGCCCUUCUCCGCAAGCGCGGCAACGUUCCCCGUGCUUCGUCAGGCGCAGCACGGCUCGCGGCAGCAGCGAGACGUGGCUCACGACCACGACAAGCACCAGCAUGCGAACAACCAGGCGCCGUCACAAGUUGGAGGCGGUUUUGGCAGUGGACAGGGCAGCAGCAGCAGCAGCCAGCAGAGCUAUGGCGGCCACAACAACAUGAGAAACGUGAGCGCAGAGAUUGCCACCACCACCACGGGCAGCGGCUUGGGUAAGAACAAGGCUAGGGCCAGCCACGAGAACCGGAACCCCUGGCGCUCCGUCUCGGAGAGCGACGGCACCAAGGGCGACGGCGUUAACAAGGAGUGGUAA